UUUGGGGUCAUCGCAAGGUCAGAUACCCAUCAUCCUCACUCAAAACAAAGAUGGCGGCUUCCGCUGAAGAAAAUUCCGAGGACCUACAAACUUGGCCGAAAUUCGUCCUGUUUGGGGAUUCUAUAACCCAGUUAGCAUUUUGCGAUGGGGGUUGGGGAGCAGCUUUACAGCAUGUUCUGCAAAGGAAGUGUGAUGUGGUAUGUCGGGGAUUGUCGGGUUACACCACGGCGUGGGGGAAGCUGGUUCUACCCCAGGUCAUCAACAAACACAAUGCCACGGACGUCGUGCUGGUCACGAUAUUCUUUGGCGCCAAUGAUGCCUCGCUUAAAGAAAUGAGUCCCAAGCACGUACCACUCGAUAACUACAAAACCAACCUGAGGGACAUGUUGGAGUACCUACAGCAGUUAGGGCUGGGUCCAGACCAGGUCAUUCUCAUCACACCUCCAGCACUGGACGAACAGGCCUGGCAGAAACACUGUCAGGGGAUGGGUUCCAGUAUCAACAGGUUGAACGAAGUGACCGGUCAGUAUGCCAAGGCCUGCUGGGAGGUGGCUGAAGAGAGAAAAGUGACCUGUGUUGAUCUCUGGACAGCCAUGCAGAAGGAAAAGGAUUGGCAGAGGUUUCUGGAGGAUGGCUUGCACCUGUCCAGGAAGGGUAACCAGUUCCUGGCACAGCAUCUCGUCCCCCUUGCUCAGGAAGGCACCAACCAUCUACCAAUCAUCUUCCCCCUCUCAGAAGAUGUGGAUCCCUACCAACCAGAGGAGGCCUUACUUCAUAAGACUGAAGCCAAAGAGGACUAACUCUAAAAGUACACUUUAGUGAGUGAUUGAACAAUGAGUGAGUGAGCGAGUGAUGUUUUUGUUUUUAUGCUUGACUUUUUUUUGUUGCAUAAUCAUCUUAAGUGUUCUGUAUCUGUAUCUGUAUCUAUAUAGCCGAUAUAACCGCCCUUCUGCGUAACACACCAGCUUCGCAG